AUGGAAGCCUCCGUUGAAACUCCGGAUACAACACUCGCGUCGAGAUACACUGCCUCGAUAGACUAUGCCAAGGACGCCGCGGGGUUGGAAGUCCCCUAUGUUAAGCAAGAUGGUCAGGAGAUUGCUACAAUGCUCCGCGGCCUUGAGGAGUCGACCAAGAAAGGCAAGGGCCGCGGCAAGUUCAACGCGAGGAAGACAAAAUACGCAGUAGACUCGUCUCCGAAUGGAAUCACGGUCGAUUCGUGGCGUCUGCAGGAGUCCGACUAUAAGCUCCGAGACUUGCCGACUUACGCCCGCGGCCUGUUCACCACCAGGAAUCGACACAACGUCCCUGAGAUCGCUAUUAGAGGCUACGACAAGUUCUUCAACAUUAAUGAGGUCCGCGAGACCGCGUGGGAGCACAUAAAGGAACGGACCAAGGGCCCCUACGAGCUCAGCCUGAAGGAGAACGGCUGCAUCAUCUUUAUCAGCGGCCUCGAGGAUGAUACAUUACUCGUCUGCAGCAAGCACUCUACCGGGGAUCGGUCUGAUGUCGUCGCCAGUCACGCCAAAGUGGGCGAGCGACACGUUGAGCAGCAGUUGGCGCGGAUUGGCAAGACCAAGCAAGAUUUGGCCCGGGAGCUGAGGAAGCGAAAUGCCACAGCGGUCGCCGAGCUGUGCGACGACAGCUUCGAGGAGCACAUCUUGGCUUACGGGCCAGAUAGGUCCGGCCUGUACCUGCACGGUAUCAACAUUAAUAUCCCCGAGUUCAUGACUUACCCUUCUCCGAUUGUCCAGAAGUUCGCCGAAGACUGGGGUUUCAUCAAGACGGGCUUGAUCAUGAUCGAUGACAUCGACCAAGUGAAGGCGUUCCUCGAGGAGGUCGCCGAGACGGGGGCUCACGAUGGCCGCGACGUCGAAGGUUUUGUCAUCCGGUGCAAGAUGACCACCAACCCCGGUGUUGCGCCGUACCAAGACUGGUUCUUCAAAUACAAAUUCGAGGAGCCGUAUUUGAUGUUCCGGCAAUGGCGCGAGGCGACCAAGGCGCUUAUCUCGGGGAGAAAGUUCAAUUUGAGGAAGCACGUCAAAAUCACCGAAGAGUACCUGCUAUACGCCCGGCAACGCCUCGCAGCCGACCGGUUCCUGGGGAAGGCCUACGCUCAAAAUCAUGGCAUCAUCAAGCUGCGCAACGAUUUUUUGGCCCACAAGAACCUGAGAGGCUCUGAUGCCGCCAACCUCGAAGAUCUGGGUCAAGCUCCGCCCGUUACUCGCGAUGUCAUCCUCGUUCCGAUCGCGACCAUCGGUUGCGGCAAGACGACGAUUGGCGUUGCGCUUACUAGCUUGUUUGGCUGGGGCCACAUCCAAAACGACAACAUUACGGGCGCUAAGCGGCCCCCGCGAUUUGUAAAGGCACUUCUCGACGAACUUGAGGACCGCGAUGCUGUAUUCGCUGACCGGAAUAAUUCCAUGAAACAAGAGCGCCAGCAGCUUCUCACGGACGUCAAGCUACAGCACACGACUGCGAAAUUGGUAGCCCUCAACUUUGUCCAUCACGAUAUGGACACCAUCCGCCGGAUCACCCACGAGCGGGUUUUUGCACGUGGCGAUAACCACCAAACCAUCCAGGCCGCCACGGACAUGAACAAGGUCGUCGGCAUUAUGGAAGGGUUUAUACAGCGAUUCGAGCCAUGCAACGCGGAUAUGGAGCCGGACUCCGGGUUUGACGCCGUCAUCGACCUGGAUCCCACCGCCGGAUCGAGAGACAACCUCGAGAUCGUCAUCAAGGAGCUGCACCGCCAGUUCCCAAGCUUCGUGAAGGAGAUCCCCUCGGCAGAGGAAAUGGACUUGGCAAUCCAGGGGGCACUUGACGGCUACAAGCCUGACCUACGCCACAACCUUCCCAACCGCUCCCGGAAUGAUUUCAAGAAGGGCAACAAGCAGCAACAGCAAGCCACCGAGAAGCCCAAGAAAAAGAAGGGCCUCGAGUACAUGUCCGUCGACCUCCCUACAAAGGACGUCCUUGCGGCCCUCGAGAAAAGCUUCCCCUUCCCCUUACCAGCCGCCAAAUCCCGCUUCUUCAAACAGCUCCAGGGUACCCGCCGCGUGCAGCCCAAGUUCCACGUCACGUUGAUGCACCGCGCCAGCGCCAAGCAGUACCCAGACCUUUGGGAGCGGUACACAUCCCUGCACGAGUCGGAGGGCACGAUCCAACCUGACGGGCGACUAGGCGACUUGGGCGUGGAGCUGGAGCGCGUCGUGUUCGACGACCGCAUCAUGGCCAUCGUCUGCGUCAACCGCGUCGCCCACAUCACUGUCGGCACCCGGGACGAUAGCGUCAAGCCUAAGGAAAGCAACGACCUGCUUCUGAGGUGGUUGGAGAAGGGCAGCGGGGAGGACACGGGCAUCGGCGAGGUGCUCGUGGAGGGGAAGCCGCUCGUCAAGGGUGUCGUUAGGGGUGUGUUGUCCAAAUAG